UUAUGAGGGUCAUGCUCCAUCAUCAUUGACAGCUGGAGAUGCCAGCACAUGCCAUAGGCAGCAAAGCGCCGAGAAAAACCAGGCAGUGGACUGUGCUUCCUACCCUUAGGCUGUGAGGCACAAGCCCCAGCCAUGGCAGGAUUAAAAAGCCUCUCAAUUUAAAAAGACAAGGGGGAGGGGAAUGUGGGCUGCACAAUUUAUAAAUAGACAUUGCCCAAGGCUGCCUGAUGAUGAAGUGGUUGUUUAGUAAAUCUUUCUCCUUUAAGGAUGCCAUUAUCAGAGACCAUUGAAAAAGACCAGUUUCAUUUUGUCUUGGGGGAGCUCCUGCCUUUCACCAGUCCAGCUCUGUUGGGUGCUAUUUCCCUCUGUCAGAUUUAGGGACAGGCCUUCAAGAUUCUGCAUCACCUUUGCAUGGAGCACAAAGACGAGGAUGAUGAUGAUGUAUCUUUUGCCAAAUGGAUGAGCAGCUUCUGGGGGCACAGCUGGAGAGAGGAGGAGGAGAGAGCAGUCCGGGAGCGGCGCCGGCCACGGGACGCCAGUGACAGGAAAGCCUCCCUGCCCUGUCCAUUUCCUGCUCUUCCCCGAAUGACAUCAUCUGACCACCAUCCCAGAAGGCAUUCUCACGAGGACCAGGAAUUCCGAUGUCGUACCCACAUGCGUGAUUACAGAAAAUGCUCCGGGGAUGGGUCAUUCAAGGAACCACUGGAACCGAAAGGAAGGUCUCAUUCCAAAAUUCAGGAAUUUUCGGAGUCCUUUGAACAACAGCUGUGCUUUAGAACUAAACGUUCUGUCUCUUUGGGCCCUGAGAGCCGAAAGGAGAGAAAUGAAAGAGAAUGUCUGAAGAUGGAAGUGAGAUCCCGAAAGAAAGUGGAGGAAAGAAGGAACUCUAUGAAGGAAGAACACAGAGAAGCGUACAUGGCCCCUCUGAUGGAAAAAGGGCCUGAAUAGUACUUAGCUUCUACAUCACGAUGACAGGUCUGCAGGGUUUUUUGAGCCUCAGGACUCCCUUUCGGGAUGCCUAGGCGGCAGCUGUGAAAGGUCUCUGCAGAUGCUAAUGACUGAGGGGGGCGGUUGGUACAGCUGCUCCUCAAGGUGACGUGCAACACCCUCUACCUGCUUCUGGUGUCUCAGCUGAGGGUGUAAUCUGCUUUCUUGCCCUUUUAUGGGAAUAAAAAUAAUACAAGCUAUUUUAAUAGAAUAAAGUAAUUUUUGGAGAAUGCAAAAAAAGGUAAAGAGCCACCCACACAUCCUCUUGAUGAAUCCUUUUACCAUGUACAUCAAACUCGCAAAUUGUCUUAAUAAAAGCCAUUGAUGUAA